CCUUUUCUUGCUAAACAGCUCUCUCUAAAAUAUUAUCUACUUCAAGAAAAAUCGAAAAACCCUAAUCUUAACCUAAAUUAUUUUUCUCAUUAUCAUCACAGUUCAAGAAACUAGAGGUUUCUAAUUUUAAGUCGAAUCACCAUGGCCACGAUGGUGAGUUCUGCAAGUGGUUUGCUUGCCAUGCUCAAUGAAUCGCACCCAGCUUUGAAGCUACAUGCUCUCAUCAAUUUGAACACAUGUGUGGAUUAUUUCUGGCAUGAAAUUUCAACUAGCGUUCCUAUCAUUGAAAGCUUGUCUGAAGACGAAGAAUUUGAUCAAAGACAACUUGCUGCAUUGGUUGCAUCAAAGGUUUUCUACCAUCUGGGUGAACUAAAUGAUGCGUUAUCUUAUGCUCUAUCAGCAGGCCCACUUUUUGAUGUCUCAGAGGACUCUGAUUAUGUCCAUGCUAUUCUUGCUAAAGCUAUAGAUGAAUAUGCUAUUUUUAAGACCAAAGCUGCAGAAUCGAACCAAGAAGCAGAGAAGGUGGAUCCUAGAUUGGAGGCUAUUGUGGAGAGAAUGCUGUGGAAGUGCAUCUUGGACCAAAAAUUCCAACAAGCUAUCGGGAUUGCGAUCGAGUGCAGAAGGUUGGACAAACUUGAGGAAGCUAUUACAAGGAGUGAUAAUAUUCCUGUAACACUCGAUUAUUGCAUCAAUCUUGCUCAUUCCUUUGUUACCUUGAAAGAAUACCGCAGUGAGGUGCUUCGCGUCAUAGUUAAAGUGUUUCAAAGCUUGCCUGAUCCCGAUUACUUGAGGAUUUGCCAACGUCUCAUGUCUCUGGAUGAAUCUGCAGGCGUUGCGAUGAUACUGGAGAAGCUUUUGCAAUCUGAACAGGAUGAUGCUCUUAUGGCGUUCCAAAUUGCUUUUGAUCUUGUUGACAAUGAGCGUCAAGCUUUUCUAUUGAGCGUUAAAGGUCGUUUUCCUGAUCCAGUAUUGAGGCCUACAGAGAACAGUCAACUCGUUUCUAAUGAUGAACCGGGUUCAGUUCAAAGUGAAAGCUCUUUGGCAGCUAAUGAUCAAGUAGCAGCCUCGGAAGAUAUUCAAAUGUCAGAUGGAGCUAAUGCACCUCGUGGAAUUGUAGUCGAGGCUGAUGAAGAGAGAUAUAAUGAGAGGGUAGCAAAACUUAAGGGAAUUUUGUCUGGGGAGACAGUCAUAAAACUGACUUUACAAUUUCUGUAUAGUAAUAACAGAUCUGAUCUUCUAAUUCUGAAGACGAUAAAGCAGUCGGUUGAGAUGAGAAACAGUGUUUGCCACAGUGCAACAAUAUAUGCAAAUGCAAUCAUGCAUGCUGGAACAACAGUUGAUACUUUCUUGAGGGAGAACUUGGACUGGCUGAGUCGAGCUACGAAUUGGGCAAAGUUUAGUGCAACAGCUGGACUUGGUGUUAUCCACAAGGGUCACCUGCAACAAGGGAGGUCACUGAUGGCACCUUAUCUUCCACAAAGUGGAACUGCUGGUGGUGGUAGUCCAUAUUCAGAGGGUGGUGCCCUUUAUGCCCUGGGACUGAUACACGCUAACCAUGGCGAGGGUAUUAAACAAUUCCUCCGCGACAGCUUACGGAGUACAAAUGUGGAGGUGAUUCAACAUGGGGCUUGCUUAGGUCUUGGAUUGGCUGCUCUUGGAACAGCCGAUGAAGAGAUAUAUGACGAUAUAAAGAAUGUACUUUAUACCGAUAGUGCUGUGGCUGGUGAGGCUGCAGGCAUUGGUAUGGGUUUACUAAUGGUUGGGACAGCUAGCGAAAAAGCUAGUGAGAUGCUUGCAUAUGCUCAUGAGACUCAGCAUGAGAAAAUUAUUAGGGGGCUGGCAUUAGGCAUUGCCCUUACAGUGUACGGGAGGGAGGAAGAAGCUGACACACUGAUUGAGCAGAUGACUAGGGAUCAAGAUCCUAUCCUCCGUUAUGGUGGUAUGUAUGCGUUAGCAAUGGCCUACAGGGGAACAGCAAACAACAAGGCCAUUCGCCAGUUAUUGCACUUUGCAGUUUCUGAUGUUAGUGACGACGUAAGGAGGACAGCUGUUCUAGCCCUUGGAUUUGUUUUGUCCUCUGAACCUGAGCAGACUCCACGAAUUGUAUCCCUGCUCUCCGAGUCUUACAAUCCACAUGUUAGAUAUGGUGCUGCAAUGGCAGUGGGCAUUUCAUGUGCAGGUACAGGUUUGAGUGAGGCCAUCUCGUUGCUGGAGCCACUUACAUCAGAUGUUGUUGAUUUUGUUCGUCAAGGGGCACUUAUUGCAAUGGCCAUGGUGAUGAUUCAAACCAGUGAAACUUGUGAUUCUCGUGUUGGGUCUUUCAGGCGCCAGCUCGAAAAAAUUAUUCUUGACAAGCAUGAGGAUACCAUGAGCAAGAUGGGAGCAAUUUUAGCUUCUGGGAUUCUUGAUGCUGGGGGUAGAAAUGUGACCAUCAGGUUGCUUUCUAAAAACAGGCAUGACAAAGUCACUGCAGUAGUUGGAUUGGCAGUCUUUAGCCAGUUUUGGUAUUGGUAUCCGCUAAUAUAUUUUAUUAGUCUUGCCUUCUCCCCUACCGCAUUUAUUGGCCUAAAUUAUGACAUUAAUGUUCCAAAGUUUGAGCUCCUAUCAAACGCCAAACCAUCUCUAUUUGAGUACCCUAAACCGACUACUCCCCCUGCUGCAACAUCGGCUGUAAAACUCCCCACUGCUGUUCUAUCUACAUCUGCUAAAGCAAAAGCUCGUGCUAAGAAAGACGCAGAUCAGAAAGCUAAUGCCGAGAAGUCAACUGAGGAUUCUUCUUCAGCCAGUCAAAAAGGAAAAUCUCCCGCCGAGAAGGAUGGGGACUCGAUGCAGGUGGAUGGCUCUUCAUCUUCAGUGGAGAAGAAGGUAGCUCCGGAGCCAGAACCCACUUUCGAGAUAUUAACUAACCCUGCUCGGGUUGUGCCAGCACAGGAGAAGUAUAUCAAGUUUCUCGAGGAUAGCAGAUAUUCACCAGUAAGUUUAGCCCCAUCGGGAUUUGUUCUGUUGAAGGAUCUUCAACCAGAAGACGCAGAAGUGCUCUCUCUCCAUCUCACUGACACACCGUACUCUAUCAUGGCACCUGCCACAACAACAGCUGCUCAGCAAGGACCACCUCCUGCAGCAGCAAUGGCUGUCGAUGAGGAACCUCAACCCCCUCAACCUUUUGAAUAUACCCCAUGAUCUGUUUUAAUUCAAACAAGAAUCCAAGAUAGUGUGCUAUUCUACCCAGUUAGCAGAACUUCGAGAAGUAAGUAAGAUGAGAAUGGAAAAGGCUGGCCGCAGCUUAUUGGAUAGGGGAAAGGAGGGUGAGAGUUGAGCCCUUCCUACAGGUCAUAGGUGAGUGAAUGUUUUGUUAGGAGUUGGGUAACACUGUUAUUUAACGUUUUUUUCUUCAUGAAUCCUGAAACCGUUUAUGCUUUUAACAAUGUCCUGUAAUUUGGAAUUAAUUUUGCUUUAUAUGUUGACGAGGACCCUGUGCAUUUUAAGUUGUAAAACCAUUUCAUAUAUGUAAUAAAAAUAACAAAAGAAAACACGUUUUUCUCA